UGCUUCUUCCUUUGCCGUAUAUUUCAUCUUCUAAAUCAUCUCCCCAGACACGGAGCAAAGGUGGAUUCGGCCUCGCCAUUAUCUUCGCCACCUCCACCAAAUUCCCCGCCGCAAACCGGGCCCGCCCCGUUGGCCUAAAAACAGAGACAGUCCAAGCUAGUGAAGAAGACUCCAAGUGGCGUUGACUUCACACCGUCGUCCACUUUUCGUGUUUCACAUUUCUAGCUUUGGCUUGAUGUUACAUCAAUUUGGUUCCCAAAUUAAGUCCCCUAAUCAUAAAGUGGGACGGAAGAGAUUUCCCAAAGCAUCAUCAAUCAUGGCAUCUCGAGUGAUAAUCGCCACAACAAUUCUUCUCUGCUUUCUUCUUCACCUCCUUCCCCACUUCCCAGUACACGCCACCACAAUCUCCGGCAGCAACAGCAGCAGCAGCAACGACGCCGGCCACCGUGACAUCGACUGCCUGAAAUCAAUCAAGUCAUCGAUCGCCCUCGACCCACUUGGCCGCCUGACGUCAUGGGACUUCGCCAACGACACCAACGCCGGACUCUGCAAAUUCCCAGGAAUCGACUGCUGGCACGCGAGCGACAACAAGGUCCUCGGCAUCCAUCUCCCCAACUUGGGUCUCGCCGGAGAAUUCCCACGAGGGAUUGAGAACUGCGAUUCCAUCACCAGCUUGAACCUCUCCGGAAACCAACUCUCCGGCCAAAUCCCAUCUGACAUCGCCACAAUGCUCCCCUUUUUAACCAUCCUCGACCUCUCCAACAACAACCUCUCCGGUGAAAUCCCGGCGAGCUUGUUCAAUUGCUCCUACCUGAACGUUGUGAGGCUUGAUAAGAACCGGCUGACGGGCCGGAUCCCUGAUGGGAUUCAUCAGCUUGACAGGCUGAGGAACUUCAGCGUGUCGCAUAAUUUGUUGUCGGGGCGCAUCCCUGCUUUCGAGAGAAUGCAGGGGAUUUGGGCUGCGGGAAGCUUUGUCAACAAUUCAGGGCUCUGUGGUGUUCCUCUGGAUCCUUGUUCACCUUCUCCUGGCCCAACCAAAGCUUCCCAGUUUCUCGGUUUCUUUAGAAAUGGCUUCAUCGUUGGCUUCGCGGCGGUUGAGCUGUCUGUUUUGAUCUAUGUCUACUGGUUUUACAUCCGUAAUUCCAGAGGGAAGAACAAGGUCGGAGUUGGGAUUUGCAGGCCCGUAGCCGAUUAUGGUCGCGGCAGGAAUGUAAAGAUCUCCGUCCUGGAAACCCUGGUGACGAGGAUGAGCUUCAAGGAACUCUGUGCAGCAACCUCCAAUUUCAGCGCAGAAAACAUCAUUGGCAGUGGAACCACCGGAAUCAUCUACAGGGCAAUGCUUGCCAAUGGCUGGUUCCUAGCAGUCAAGCGCCUCCACCAUCCAACAGUAGAACAACACUUCAACAACCCCCAUUACUUCAUCUCGGAGGUCAUGACUUUAGGGAGAUGGAGGCACCAGAACCUGCUACCGAUCCUCGGAUUCUGCAUCCACAACAGCGAGAAGCUACUUGUGUACAAGUACAUGUGCAAUGGCACCCUCCGCGACUGGCUUCUCGGUGGCAACGAUCGCGAUUUGAAGUGCCUCGACUGGCCCGUGCGGUUCAAAAUUGCAGUCGGGCUAGCCAGGGGAUUGGCCUGGCUGCACCACUGCUGCAGCGUUCAGAUAUUCCACCUAGAUCUCACUUCCAGGUGCGUGUUGCUGGACCAAGGGUUCGAGCCGAAGCUGUCGAAUUUCGGGCGCGCCAUGUUCGUGAACCCGAACGAUCACGACGAUCGGUCGGGGAAUUUGGUGCUUGGUAAGGGGUUUUUGGAGCUGGGUUUCGCGAAGAAAGAUGUUCACAGCUUUGGGGUUGUGGUGUUGGAGCUGAUUGGUGGUAGAGAAGUAAGUGUUGGCGAGAGCUUUGGAGACCAAAUUGAUGAAUGUGUGGCUGGGAAAGGUUACGACGGGGAGAUUGUUCAGGUGAUGAGAGUUGCAAAGGAUUGUGUUCAGCCGAUGGUCGAUAAAAGGCCGACGAUGCUUCAAGUGGUUCAGAGGCUAACCCAAAUUGAACAAGGGUGUUGCGGUUGCGGUACUGAUGUGCAAGGUUAUGAACCGGUUGUGGUUCCCUCAGUGGUGAUUGAAAUGGGCCAAGCCAUUGGGUCUAAAUAUAGGUAAAGUAGUAUGUAGAUUUGAAGUAAAUACUAUGACCUUAACCAACUUUUUGAGAGUACUAAUUUGUCCUAAUAUCAAAAUGUUAGAUUCAAGUGAAAUUGAAUACAUCCUCGAUUGGAAUGUGUAAUGCCCCAUCCGAAAUCUUUAUGGUUAAAGUUAUGUUCAUUCAUGCAGAUGCAACAAACUCUAUUGAUGUUAAAGUUCACAUUGAAUGAAGUUAAAUUACCGUUAAAAGUUGAAGAGGAGAACUUCACCAUAAUAUGGUGUAAAAUCCAACAUCUUGAGAUUUCCAAAAUAUUAUCUUAUUAUUAGAUCAUCCAAAAUUACACAACUAAACAUUAGGCGAUUUGGACAUUACUAUAAUACUAAUGGUCUAAUAGUUCAAAUUUUAAAAUCACUGAUAAUCAUGGAAACAUCAAGUAUCAAUAGAUUAAUAUACGAGAUUCAAACUCACAAUCCGCUUAUUAAAAGUGAGAUGCCUUUUUCAUUAGGCCACCGACGGUUUUACAUCAUUGAUAGCUACAUAAAAAUUAUGACUAAGUUAUCCAAGUAAUGUGUCAAAAAAAAAAAACUAACACUAAAUUGAUUUAAUCCAAAGUUGCAUUUAGUACUUCCAGACUCUAGUACGCACCGGUGAAUAAAGGAAAUGCUAGUGGCACUUCCUCCCAUCGCUUCCUCUCAUCACCUAGGCUUUCAUGGUUAUCCCUGUACCUGGGACAUCGUAGGAAAACAGAGAGGUUUGUAGAAGAAAGACGGGAUCGUUUUGUGGCAACAGAUGAAUGGCAAGAACUUUUCCCGAGGUUCGUGUGAUCCACUUUGAUCAAGAACGGUCAUAUCAUCGGCCACUAAUAUGUGACCCUCAGGUAUAAGCUAGCAUUGAUGUUAAAUGGGGUUGACACUUUAAAUUCAAACCGCAGUGGACUCGAUAUGACAGCUGUAGAAAAACCAUUCAACAGGUCUGGUCGGUCUGGGUCUCGGGGAUCAUAGUAGGACGAUGGAAAAGCUGGAUGAAUGUGGUGUGAAGCUUGAUCAAUGGAGCAAGGAGGCCUUCCCAAACUUUCGUAUCCAGCGAGCAAAGAUUAAGAAGGCACUUUGAUGACUCGAUAUUUACACAUGUUUUUGUCCACCAUUCUUAUACUGUUUGAGGCUCGGAUCUCGAGUUUUAAGUCGAUUUUGCGUUAGGUCGUUCUUGUUUAUGACAUUUCAUGUCCUAAUGCGUGAAUGAAGAUUUGAGCAUGAGUUCGGGGUCGAUUGGAUGAAGACGGGACGAGCGAUGGAGAGCAGAUGAGUUGCACGGCUAGUCCGGGAAGACACACGGCCGUGCAAGCAAAGAUGCGCGAACAGGCCGUGCACGACUUAAUUUCUGGCCGUGAUGAAUUCUGCGAGGAGCUGCACCGCCAGGAUUGCACGGGUCGUGCAAUGGUCGUGCACUCCCCUCGCGGAACUAAUUCAAACGCUGUGUUUUGGUUGCAUGGGCAGCCAAGGAUGUUGCACGGCCGUGCGGCCUGACCCUAUAAUCGCGGGCAACUGCAUUUUAACCCAAUUUCGGGUUUUGGAGAGAGGGAGCUGGGUUUUGGAUCCCAAACACCCAAGGGACGAACCCUAGAGAGAGAGAGAGCAACUAGGGAUCAUUUUUGGAGCUAUUUUGGAGGAUUUCUUCACCAUUGAAGCUCGGGAAUCAAGUUUGGAGAUGGAGAUUGAAAAUCUAGAUAAGAUUUCAGCAUUCUCUCUCUUCUCUAUGGAGUAACUUCCUUUCACUUAGGUUUUGAGGAACCCUAGCCAGGUUUGUUAGAUUGGAUGAUUGUAUGAGUACUCUUACUUGAUAAUCUUGAUUUCAUAUUCAAUCUAUGCAUGUUUUCAUGAUUCAAUUCUGCUUUAGUCGAGAUUAUUGAUUCUGCUUUGAUCAUAUGAGAGCGAAUACCUGAUUAGGUCAAUAGAGCAACAUAGAUUGA